AUGCAAUACGUAAAAAAAAUUCCGAUUUUACCAUUGAAGUUGCAUCGUCGAAUUAAUCGAUUGGUAAAAAUUGAUGAUAUUCUCGUUGACGAUAGCUCAUCAUCGGAAUGGGAGGAUGUAUCAUCAGACGAAAAUGAGUCGGAAUCGCAAGACUAUAAAAUUUGUGUUGAAUCCCGGCUAGAACCGAAGCCGUUGUAUGAAACCAAAACCAAUUGGAUUUAUGAGUAUUGCGGAAAGAUCCGAAAAGAUCGCGUUAUAUGGGACACAAAAUUGUAUGCGGCAUCGCGCAAAUUCAAAAAUAAAUCGAUGUAUGAACAAGUCGAAGAAUUGAUGGAUAUUUCUGCAGAAGAUUUUGCCGAAUGCAUCAAUAAAUUGACCGAUGACGAAAGUCAAAAAAUUAGCAAGGAAAUGAUAAAGAAACUAUUCUCAAUUGAAAUCGAAAAGGACCUUUCACACUCGCUGUUCGUGCAAAAAAUUCAUAAGCCAGUGGUUUCGCAAGAAAUCGCUCAAUUGUUUGAGUGUCCAGAGUUGGCCAUCGAGAGAAACAUGCGUCAAUUAAUGGAAGAAGAUGAAGAGAAUGCAAAGAAAAUAUCACCAAAGUAUCAUGCAUUUGGCAGAAGUUUGUCACCAAAAUCACGGCAAGUGCAAAUAGAGAAGUUUAAAGAGCCAGAGCCAUUUACUUUUCCAGACGAUAUUCGAUCGGGUGAAAAUCUGUUCAAAGGAAUUGACCAUUUGAAGGCAACGAAAGCGUUAAUGAACCAUUUAGACGAACACAAUUUACCAAAACCCACUUAUUUGCUCAAAAUGAAUGCCCUGAAUCCGAAAUCAAAGAAUCAAUCCACUCACAUUCCAUUGUAUUCGCUUUAUCAACAAAACAAAUUUUGA